AUGAAGCGACUUUUGCCGAGAUCACAAGCGACGCUCUGCCAGCGCCCACGACCAUUACGAGCGACGACGACGACGUCAGCGGCUUUAUCGACAGCCGACGUGCCUACAAAUGCGCUGUCCUCCUCCUCACGACGACAUGCCCCACCACCGCCGGCCACCGUCGCGCCCACAUUCGACCAGGCGCAGCCGCGCGGCGGCUACUAUGACGUCCUCCUCACAAGCCCGCCACCAUAUGCCUCUGCCCGGGCCAACAUGCCGCCGGUGACGGCCAAUCCUACUCCGUCCCAGGCGCCUGCCUCGACCGCGCCCACGUCUGCACCCGCCGGCCAGUGGAAACAGUCGGAAGCGCCGGCCACCGUCGCCGCGCGCAAGGCCGCCGAGCAAAAGGCAGUCAAGGAGCGCGCCGCCCUCGUCUUUGGCUCGCGCUUGGCCGGGCCCAUGGAGCGCGCCAACCGGCUGGCCGAGAUCCGCAAGCGCAGCACGAAGAUUGCGGGCGUGCUCGUGCCGCCCAAGCCGACCGAGCCGGACAACUGCUGCAUGAGCGGGUGUGUCAACUGCGUGUGGGACCGGUUCCGGGACGAGAUGGAGGAGUGGGCGGCGGCGAGCACCGAGGCCAGUCGACGGCUGCAGGCACAAGAAGGCGGAGUGGCCAAGGCGGCCGGCGGUCCGCCAACGUCCGCGUCACCCGGCCCCGGGGCAGCCAACUACAUCAGCAUGGACGACGACGGCGGCGGAUCGGACACAAACUGGAGCCUAGAAGAUGCGGCCAGAUCGGCAAGCGCCGCCAACAAAGCAGGGUGGGACGAGGCGCUGUACAAGAACGUGCCGGUCGGCAUCCGGGAGUUUAUGAAGCAGGAGAAGCGGCUGAAACUCAAGCACAUGAACGAAGGCACGGUGGGUUGA